GAAGUGCUAACUAAACUGCGUAUCUGCUCGUAUGUUCAGUUUCAUAAUAACAGCUGUGCUCAGGGUUUAAUGAAACACGCACAAAAACGCGCAAUCCAUAAAAUGAAGGAACAGACGUUUUAAGGCAAAAGUCGGCGACCGCCAUACUUACUUUUAAUAUACGUAUGACUUAUGUCGUUGGAAAAUGCUGAAUGGCGAGUGAGUAAAACAGUGUUAUCGAUCGGCACAUGGAAACAUUUAGUCGAAGUCCCAAAGCGAAGUGAUGUGUGAAAUUAUCGAUGGCAAAAAAAUGUUCAAGUUAGUUAGCGGCGAUGGAGUAUUGCAGCAACGAAAAGACGCAGAGAGAAUUUGGUGAGGAAGCAGUGCAGCAGCGCAGUGUGAAAUGAUAUAAUUUUGAAAUCGAGCCAAUAUCGAUCGCAUUGACCGGUAGUGUGGGAGUGGUGUCGCCGAAAGCUGGGUGUCUAACGGGUGGCGAGGAAAAAUGGUCUCACUGUCGGAAGAGUCCAACGGAGUGCACAGAAAAACUAAAUUUUUGCCGCAAUUUGUACGGCGGUUGGGCAUUGGGAAAAACAAAACGGUUCCCAAAAAUGGGCUCGAUUCGGAAGAUGACGUGUAUUUGCGGAAAAAGAUAGUGUCGUUCGAAUCCAACGAGGCAGAUGGGAAUACCGCAAGCGGUGGAGGAAGCUCAUACAGCAGUGAUCGCCCGUGUAGUUUGCCAUUAUUGGUGAGGCAUAACGAUAUGGGACAGCUAUGUGAUGGGCGGGAAGAAAAAGCAAUAAGUUUGGGUAACGAAACAGGUGCGCGGAUAACAUCGAUUCUCAAGCCUGGCUCCCAAGUGAUUGUGAUUGAUGACGGGCGAGAUGCAUGUGCUAAGGCUAGAAGCAUUUCGCGUCAGACAGAAGAUUUUACCAAUAGUUCCGGUAAUGAAUCUUCCUCGUCUCCAUUCCGCCGGGGGUCUUCAUUUCGGCAAAGUUUCAAUUAUUUAUUCAAACGAAACAAACUGAAACUGAAGGACCGUUCGUGUACUAGUGAUAGCGAUUCGAAUGCUGUUCUUGAGCUGGACGAAGAAACCAACACCAACAUCCCUAGUAAACCAUUCUUGGAUGCCUUUCUGCCGGAAAAAGUGCCUAGUAAACGUGCCAGCACCGGAGACAUAUUCGACGACAUUGUGAUACAACUGAAUGAGGACUUUGGAGUUAAAAAUAGAGAAAAGUCCCAUCGACGAAUGCAUUCUGACUCGUUAUGCAUAGGGAAGAACGCUGUUUCGUCAAAUGCCGUGCAAAGUGAUAGAUCUACAAGUAGUGUUGGUCUUGGAUUUCGCCCACUACCCAUCUCAUCAACCAUAGAGCCACUAAGUUCCGAUGUGCAUAUCCCAACCAAUAGCCAACUAUCGUGCAGUCCAAGCCACAACAAUUCUGCGAAAAGCGAUCAAAAAUCUUUAAAAUCUCUUACGUCCUCUCCACUAUCGGUAUCGCCAACCAUAAGAAGCUCCAGUCCACAUCCGUCAAAAUCAGUCGCCAAAAAUGAUGCCAUCGAGAAAUCAGAGAAGCCAGAAAAGGAAAAAAAGAAAAAAGAGUACAGCAGUUCCAGGCAGAAAAAGUUCUCCCGGCACUUCAUACAGGUGGAAGAUGAGAAGGUUCUAAAUUACUUUUCAUGCGCAUUAAUUAGUGAUAUCCUUCUGCAAGGCCAUCUUUAUGUGACGCAAAACUAUUUUGCAUUUUACUCCAAUGUUUUUGGUUAUGUAACAAAGCUGUUGAUUCCGACGGUGUCAGUGAUAAAAAUCUCCAAGGAGAAGACAGCCAAAAUGUUCCCGAACGCGGUCGGAGUCACAACCUGUGACGAUCGUCACGUGUUCGGUAGCUUCAUGAGCCGCGAAGCCGCGUACCGAUUGAUGUGCAGUGUGUGGCGCCCGGUUGCACCAGUGGAAAUUGAGGAACCAAUAGCACAGAAAUCACCGGACGUCGAGGUGUCCGAAUGCUCGGUGGAGGAUGACAGCAGCUGCUCAAUUAGUGGUAACGAAAGUUCUUCCCAAGUGAAAGAUAAAAAGUCUGACGUAGUUGAUUCGGGUGAUUCUAACGAUAAGCUAACGGUGAUUGAUGGCAUUAAGCGGUCUCUCGAUGGUAUUACAAUUCUUACAGUUUCGAAAAGUAUUAAAUCGGUACAGAAGGAGAUAAUCAUCAAAGCACCAGCGGCACUGAUAGCAUCCGCAGCAAUUUUGAAGACAUCCGGCAACGCCACUCUUAGAGAAAAAUCCAGCUUUAGUGAUAACCCCUAUCAAAGUAGUAGUACUAGUAACGCUAACACUAGCAUUCUAACGAGACUUAGAAAUAGGCUACAACAAAUCUUUCCCUCCGAUUUUGGUGUUAUACAUGUAGGAAUAAUUUUAGCGAUAGUCUUAGCACUGUUUUCGUGUUUUCUUAUGUACAAAAUACACUACCUGCAGUCGCGGAUAUAUAGUUUCAACAACUUCCGAUGGGGUGAAGACGAUAAUAUGGACGUUUACGCAGAAGUGCUGAGGUGGCAGAAGCAAAUGCAAGACAGAAGCACUGAGGAGGCUCAAAUAGUUCUCAAUUCCAAUUUAGAGCAAAUUGCAAAGGUACGAAAAAGUCUGGAAACUUUAUCAAUACUUUUGCACGAUUCUACCAAGAAGUAUGGUAUAAGCAGUUCAAAUGCCGGUGAAGUACCUGGCUCUGCUGGCAGUACGAUUCUGGAAUCCACCUCCGAAUACGGGACGUAGCAAGCAAACUCUGGCGCAUCACGGUAGGCGGAAAUGUGAUGCAGCAGCAGUUGUAGGGAUUUUUUUUAUCAUUAACUUAUCGUGAUAUUUAGUUCUAAGUAUUUAUUCACAGAAUAAGCUAUGUUUGCAUUUAAAAAAAGUUAGUAACAACAAUUACAAAGCAAAAGGUGUGCGCAGGAUCGGUCACAGGAAAUAAUUAGUUAACAGACGUAAAAGACAGCUUAUUAUAAACAAAACGAGUCAACAAAGUGUUUUAGGUAGCCAAGAUUCCUUCACAACUCUCCUUGGUUCUAGUGUUUAGGGCAAUUAUUCCUGUCCCAGCUUAGCUGGAUAAGAUUAAAUUGUUUUUCUUUAUAGGAGUUCUGGAAAGGUGUCUCAAGUUUACUGAUAUAAUAACACGAACUAGUCAUAUGACAUAAAACGCGAAGAUUGGACAAGGUCCAUUGGGUCAAUGGUUCUCUAAUUGAAUUUAGAAUGAUUUUUCACAAAAAAAAAACAAUAUAUUCCCAUGGGUAAUAUUUUGUUUUGGGAUGCGCCAUAAAUUCUUAGCUCGUGCCGUUCGGUACAUGGUGAUACACGAUACAUGAAUUCCAACAACUUCGAACUAUACGAACCUGAGUAAUGUAUAUCGUAUAAAAUCCCAAUGUUUUGUCAAUUCAUUAAAGGUAUUUACUUUUUGUAUGUUUCGACUGUUAAUAAAACAAAUGUAUUUAAUUGCAACGUUGCAUUUUAAAUCUUGAUUAAUAAUAAUUAAAAAGAUAUAUAUAAUAUUUGGUAAUAUGAGGAUAUGCUUUCGAUUCAUUUUGUUACUUGGUUGGUAUGUAUCAAUACGUUCUUGUAGGGCUUAAUGGUAUGUGGAUAUUUUUUUUCGUUUAUGGUGAUGUAAUAGCAUACCAAUAUUGCGGAAGACAGCUUUCAUUUGAACAAAAUAUGAGCAUCGUAUUUUCCUUGGGAAGACUUAGGAAAGCGGUAAUAUCAAACGAGGAAUUUUGUGGAACUAAUAUAACGCAACUUUUGGUUGACUAAAUAAUGUCUGUGAUAAACAAAAACCGUUGAGAAAAAGAAAUCAAAAUAAUUAACCAACAGAAGCAAUUAAAAGUUUCGUGAACAUGCAUUUUAGUGACAGGAAUAACAGCAAAACGAUGAAUUUCUCGUGAUUCGAGUUUGGGUUGACUUGUAAAAUCUAUUUUUCAAGCUUAGUUUGUUUUGUUCUCUGCUUAUGUUUGUAUUAACUAGAAUACAAAGGAAUGGACUUGAAUAGAAAAUUCA